AGAUUUGAAAAAAUUUUCAUUUUUCAUUCUUCUUCAUAUAUUACCCGGGAUAAAUUUCUAUUUUAGUUUUUUUUCCAUUUAGUUUUAUUUCAAUUCAUUCUAAAUCAAAUAUGGUUCAAUUCGAAGGUAAAUAUCAACUGGAAUCGAGCGAAAAUUUCGAUGAAUUUCUCAAAGAACUUGGAGUUGGAUUCAUUCUACGUAAUCUGGCUAAAACAACAAAACCAACUAUUGAAGUUGUCAAAGAUGGUGACUAUUGGGUUAUUAAAACUCAUACUUCAUUGAAAACAACCGAAAUUCGUUUUAAAAUUGACGAAGAAUUUGAUGAAUCACGAAUGGAUGGAAAAACUGUAAAAACUGUUGUUGUUAUGGACGGUGAUAAUACUAUGGUACAAACACAAAAAGGUGACAAAGAAGUUAAAAUUAUUCGUGAAUUCAGUGAAACUCAUUUGAAAACGACUUGCAUUGUUGGAGAAAUAACUUCGGUUCGAGUAUAUAAACGAUCUGUUUAAUGUGGAUGAUUUUCAUUGAAAACAAA